UAGAUGGGAUGAUAAAAGUGAUGAACAAACAUCUCAAUUCAACAUCUCAAAUCUGGCAAUGAAAAGAAAAGCCGACACCCAACUUUGCUCUUUUUCUUAUAAAAAAAAAUCAAAGGAUUGGGUAUCUUUGUUUUACGCAUAAUUUGAAUUGAUCAUGGAGAAGAAGAAGAUGGAGGUGGAUGCUGCUUUGGAAGGGUUUUCGCCGAUCUCUACAACUAGGAUUUCCUGGAAUUCCAGGAAACGAUCCGCUAGCGGGAGGAAUUUAGACAAGGCAAGACAAGAAGGGACUGCUAAUGUGACACCCACCAAACAGGAUGAACCAACUCUUGAUCAAGACAAUACACCGGAUUCCACUACAACUUCUGAACAUUCGGAGCGCCGGAAGGCUCUGUUUGAUCCACUAGAGCCUAUAAAAAACAUCAACGGUCGGCGACCAUCGACUGAAUCUUUGCUUCCCCCACCCAGCUUUGAUGCUGCAUGCUAUCCAAAGGGCUCGCUGAUCGGAAAGAAGAGGAAGCUGGUAAAUGUUGAUGUUGUGGAGAGCAUGCGAAGGAUUGCAGUCCAGGAAAUGAACAGAAAGGAUAGGGAAAUUGACGGGUUGAACAAGCAGUUGGAAGAAGACUCGAGUUGCGUAGAAUAUCUGCAACUACAACUUUUACAAGAGAAAAGUAAAAGAUGGGAGGUAGAGAGGAAGGAUGCGAUGCUUCAAGAACAUAUAUCGAUGCUGAUGAAUAUGUUGCAGGAAAGUCCAGAUGUUGAUGAAACAUGAAGAAAAUUUCAUUUGUUUGUUGGUUUAAUUCUUUUGUUGGUUUAAUUCUUUUGUUUGUAGAGUUUAGCAUGUAUGUUGUGUUAGAUAUGGUUAAGUUUGUUUGGCGUGUAAGUUG